AUGAGUGACUUAAACAAACAACAGAUGGAUGCUAAUGCGCAAGCUCAAGCCCAAGCUCAGGCUCAGGCGCAAGCACAGGCACAAGCCCAGGCGCAAGCACAAGCCCAAGCCCAAGCUCAGGCAGUUCAACAGCAGCAGCUGCAGCAGGUUGCGCUUCAACAACAGCAGGAGCAACAGCAACAACAGACCCUAGUGCCUGCGCAGAGCCCGCAUUUGCAACAAGUAACUGUUGGAACGUCGGGUGGACAAUGCGCCGUUACUUCAAUGGGCCCCCCUCAACAUACAGUUUCCAUGCACCAGCAAGUAGCUCAACAGGGCCAGGUGCUACAAACACAAGGGGCACAGGUCCUUGCCGCUGCGCAACAAACAGGUAGCACCACUAUUACCACGAUGUCUCCGUUGCAUCAGAGCCAAGCUGCGCAUCAGCAACAGCUCAGCGCAGACUGGAGCCAUGGAAGAGCAGUGCAAGUGAUUCAGCAGCCGAUACAGAACCCGACGUACCUGCAGCAACUCUAUAAUGGACAAGGGCAGUUGCUUAUGCCUGGAAAUAUAAGCAAUAUUGCGUUGCAUCCGGGAAUUAAUCCACAAAUUCAGGUUAUAGCGAAACCAUUCCAAGGCAACCAAUUAGCCCCUCACAUGAUUACAGCUCAAGGAAAGCAAGUGAUUCAAGGUAGCCAAGCUGCAACUUUCCCAGGUUACACAACCUUAGGCCCAUCAAUUCCCACGACACAAAACCAACAAACGCUUGUCUUCAGUCAGUUAGGCGUCAUCAGCUCACAACCCAAUAUCUUACCUAAUCAUUCCCAAGGCAACGGCCAAGUUACCCAGCAGAAGCCACAAGAGAUGCACAAGGUGAUGGGAACACAAAAAGUGCAAAUGCAAAAAGUGGCUAGUAGUACAGGCGCAGUUGCUCAAACACAACAGCAGGGACAAUGUGUUCAAGUAUCACAAGCUAUGCUAGGCACUCAGCCGACUGCACAAAUAAUCAGUCCUAUCCAACAGAAUAGCCAACCUGUUCAAUUCGCCGCCCCUUGGCAGUUUACAGCUGCUGCAAAUGGCUUACAGCAAGUCUGGACGACCAACGGUCUUCAGUCACAGGCAUUACAGAUCGCUCCGAAUCCAAUUUUUAUCAGGGGAACCCAAGCUGAUGGUACCCCAGGUCCGGGAAUGUUCAUACAACAGAAUCCUCAGCCUGCUACAAUUCAGACACAACAAAACCAAACCAUAGCAACACAAGGAACCGUCCAGCAAAUAGCAAAACCGAGACCUUCCAACGAAAAUAUCCAACCCAAGCAGCAAGCAACUAGACCUCUUAACAUACUGCCUUCAAAUGCUGCCAAUAUCAGACCAGCAAGCUCAGUAUCAACGCAAACGAUCGGUGCUCAAACUACUGCUUCAAUAGGUAGCAAACAGGUAGCUAAAAUUCGCACCAAAGCACCACAGAUCCGAACGUCCCCAGCCCCAAAAGCAGAUGCAGCUAACCAGACACAAAUUAAACCUUACUCAAAUAUCCAACAGCAGCAACAACAACAGCAGCAGCAGCAGCAACAGCAACAUCAUAUAAUGGGAAAUAAUGACUUUUCCAGAAUGCUGGUCAUGAACGCGAAUGGUAUGACUACCACUAUGACACCGGGAUCCCCGAUGACCGCUGAAAAAGUUCAACAACUUGCAAACCAAAACAAAGCACAGCAGCAACAAGGUAACGCUCAACAACAACAGGCGCAGACCCAGCAAACCGUAGUGAUGCAGCAAAUGCAACAGCAGCAACAGGCUGCCAUGCAACAGUAUCAGCUACAGCAACAGGGACAGGCGAAUCAACAAGGACAGCAGACGCAGCAUAUCCAGCCCAAACCCAUGAUGAGUACGUAUUUUCAAACUCUCCCUACUAUCAACUCUCAGCAACUCCAGAUGGCCGGUGACAGACCCAUCAUGCCCGUUGUUUCGAUGUCCACGCAAGCCAAUUCCCAGCAAGUACAACAGAUGUCCCAACAAAACAUAGGUACGAUACAACAGAGCCUUCCUCUGCAGUCCAAUCUUGCCGUAACUCAACAACCCAUGCAGAUGAAUAUGCAGCAGUUGCAACAGUUACAGCAGAUGGCACCGCCAGGAACGAUAAUAGGACAAAUCCAAACAAGUCCAGCCCAGCCCACAUCGAUCGCUCAAGUAACUUCAAGCCCCGCGCAAAUCCAACAAAUGCAGACCACUGCUCCACAACAGAUAGCUAUCACUCAGCCUCAACAAGUACCUUUACCUCCGACGAUAAAUCUGCCGAAAGAAGAACCGACAGAACCCACUACGACCGACAAUACCCAAGUUCAGAAUAUUGCUGCUCCUGUGGAAAGUGUCAAAGAACCUGUUGUUGAUGCUACAUCGACGCAACCCGAAAUCAAAGAACCUCCCCCGAUCGCCGAAACCAAGCCGCUUCAGAACGGUGUUGAACCCAGUAUCGUGCAACCAGCCCCGAUUCCCGGCACAGUGCCCUCUUCCCAGCCUACUAGCAUCUCGGAGAAUAACCUUCCCGUGGCCACAACAGCAGAAGAAGUUAAGGAGAGGUGUCCCCCGAAGGCUAUGGUCAAACCGCAAGUUUUGACCCACGUCAUUGAAGAUUUCGUCAUACAGGAAUCGUCCGAGCCAUUCCCCGUUACUAGAAGCAGUUUGUUAGGAGAUGUUAAACCGACCCAGUCUUCCAAUGAUAAAGACAGUGAUGAACCUCCAAAAAAGAAAAGAGCGUCGUCUCCCUUCAAUAUAAGUUCGGGAGGGAAGGGAGAUAUGGCGGCUAAAUGUGAAGCUUGCGGAACUGUUGAUCUCAAGGCCAAGUUCAAGAAGAACAAACGGUUUUGUUCUGUCGCCUGCUCGAAAAGUGGAAAAUACAAGGGUGACGAUAAAAAGAAAUGGGAUAAGGAUGGAAUGGAAGUUGAUACUGAGUCUGGCGCUUCGGGUGCUGAAAGCAGCCUCAGUCCCAAUGUCGCUGAAGAUGAGACUCCUAAAGUGGAUCCUAUUAAAUGGAGUGUUCAAGAAGUGUUCGACUUUAUCAAAAACCUCCCGGGUUGCUCCGACUACGCGGAGGACUUCCUAAGGGAGGAAAUUGACGGGCAGGCUCUCAUGCUCCUCAAAGAAGACCACCUUAUGACAGCCAUGGCAAUGAAGCUCGGUCCAGCGCUCAAAUUGGUCGCUAAAAUAGACGAUAUGAGGAUCGACAAAGAGCCUCCCAAACAGACAUAAAUUUAAUUUUAUUUAGGAGAUGUUGUUAUGCGUUAGACAGGAUUAGAUGGUAUUUCUAAUUUUAUCUUUCUUAAUUUAUCGAGUAUAAACAUUGAGUAGCGUUAGUAAAAGAUAUUUUUAUUUUGACUGAUUCUGAUUAUCAAAAUCAACGGAAUCUAUUGUGUCAUUUUUGCUUGAGAAUUUCUCGAUUGCUUUACAGUGAUUGUAUAUGCUUUUGUAUUACUUCCAGAAUGCUGCGGAUGUCGCAUUUAUUUACAUUGAAGACUUGUCUUGAUAUUUUCAGUGUAAUCUUAAGUGUCGAAGCGAUGAUAGCUUCAAUUUCUUGUUAUAGAUAUUUUCUAUCUAGCUUUGUUUAUAUUACGGAUAAGAUAACGGUGUCUGCAAACAUUUGAAACAAUACAGAAGAAUUCAGAACUGUUUGAAUUGAAAAGGACAAAGUUUUAAACGUAAAGUGAGCACUUUUUUUAAGUCAGAUCAUCUGCCUUUUAAGUCACCUGUUAUUUGAUUUUGACUACAAGGAAUCUGUUCUAUGUCAGUUGUCAUCUGUCGAUAAAUCAAUUAAUCAUUUAUUUAACUGUUCUAUACAGUUUCUAUUUAUUUAAACCAUCAGAAGAAUUCAAAACUAUUUGAACUGAAGAAAAACAAAGUUAUAAACUUAAAGCAUGCACAUUUUGAAGUCAGACGUCAUUUUCCAUCAUUUAAGUCACCUGUCAUUUAAUUUUUAUUAGGAAACUCUUCUGGGUCAGUUGUAACAUGUGCAUAAGUCAAUUAAUCACUUAUUUAACUGUUCUAUACAGUUUUUAUAUAUUUAAACCAUCAUAAAAGAGUUAAAGACUGUUUAAAUUGAAGAAGAAAAAAGUUUUAAGAGUAAAGCAUGCACAUUUUCAAGUCAGACGUCAUUAUUUGUUUUUUAGUCACCUGUCAUUUGAUUUUUACUAGGAAAAUGUUGUCAGUUGUCACCUGUGCAUAAGUCAAUUAAUGACUUAUUUAAGUGUUUCGUAUAAUUUCUAUUUAUUUACUAUCUAUAUAUCUAUCUAUCUUAUUAACAUUUAUUUACGUAAAAAGUAAUGUAAAACUGUGAUUUCGUGUAUAUAAGUGCCUUAUUCUAUCCAUUUUUGGACAAAACUCAUUGUUAAGAAGGUUUGUGAACCAUAUUCUUUCAUGCUUAUCAAACUGUUUGGAAAAUUAUUGGGAAUUAAAUUUCCUCGAUUCCGUUAAAACACUAUAUCAUUCUAAUAGGGCUAUCCCGCCCAUUCUCGGUCGCCUAGUUUGAUUUCUAGUAGGGUAUAGGGUUUACUCGUUCUCUCUCUUCUCGCGCAGGUGAGGUUGAUAUUUGGGUUACUUCAUAUACUUUUAGUCUGACUCCUGAAGUAAAAGAUAUAAUAUAAAAAAUAUAUGCUUGAUUAUUGUGCAGUAAAGAAAAUAUUUAUAUCUUUAUGUCGCAUGAUCAAAAUAGUCCCUGAAGAAACUCGAAUGAAGCAAAAAGUCCGCUAAAUAUAUUUUCAAGUCUUAAACUUUGGAACUGUAUUAGCAUUAUAUUGUAGUUGCUUUUGAUUCAUAUACUUUUAUUUGAACUCUUUUGUCGUUUUCGAACUAUUUGCAUGGUUUUCUAGACGACUAGUGUUUCUACAAGGAUUAAUUUUUAUUUUAUUUGUGGUCCAUUCUUUCACAAAUCUUUGAGUAAGUGACAAUAUUAAAUAUCAAAGAACUUUAGUCUUUUUUGCCAAGCAACUAAAUCUGCUUGACAAAAAUGAGUAAUAAGUUGUAAAAUUGAAAUUAUUUGAUUUAGAAUGAAGAAUGUAUUUUUUAGUUUUUAUUUAUAAAAUAUAACUUUCAUGAUUCACAUUUUGUUAAAUGUUUGUACUUUCGUUGGUUAAGAAUUUCAGACAUGAAAUUUCAUCUAAUCUGUAAAAAACUAGAACGAUUUAAGUUUUUUAUAUAAUAAUUUAAAUAUAUUGUAAAUAGUUUAAUUUAUCGACACUUUUGAGAAGACUGCUGAUGAAAAUCUGUUAAUUAUAUUUCUAUUGUAGACACUUGACGUUCUACAGUCUUCUUUAUUUGAAGUUAUCUUUAGUUUUGAAGUUAUGUUUAAAAGAAACACUAGUAUUUGCUGGAUAUGUUAUCAACCUACAUUAUUAGUUAAAAAUUUAACUUGACUACAAAUGAUUUUGUUAUUAUGUUCGUUCGUUAUUUAAUACAAUAUUUGUUCAUGAAAAAAAUUUACGAAUAAACAAUGGAUAUUGCUGAAUAUCAGACAAAGAGGGAGAAGCUUUAAAACGUGUACUUGUGCACGAAAUAUCAUGGAAACACUAACAGUAUACAGAAAUCAAUUUCUUGAAAAGAAAAUUCUAAAUUUGCAAACAUAGCAGUGAUUGACAAGAGAAUUUUGUCCUCAAAAAUUCAUCUAUAGUGGUUUUUGUUACGCGAAAACUAAGAGAUGAAUAAAAUGAUUUUCCUUGUUCAUCUGAUUUGCAAGGUAAAGUUAAAGGAAAAAGGGCGCAGGAUCAAGAAGAAUAUCCUGGUUUGCUAACCUGAGAGCAUGGUAUAGAAAGACAUCAACACGGCUAUUCCGUAUAGCAACUAACAAAGUCAUCACAGCCAGAAUGAUCGCCAACGUUUGGAACGGACAGGCACCCUAAGAAGAAGAAGAAGUUUAUCUGAUACAGUAAUUUCGCUCAGCUUGGAAAUAUUUUGACAAAUUCAUUGUCACAAACAAAAAUUCCUACCUCUCACUAUAAAAAAUCCAAACAAACUUUGUACUGUUUUAAAUUUCUUUUAUUAAAAAUAGAAGAAUGAUCAUGAAUAAUGAGAGUGCAUAUUCAUUAAUUUCGAUUACAAGCUUUCUAUUUGCAAAUACUAAUCUAUAAACAACUAUAAAAUUUUAAAAAUAAACAUUAAAAUCUUUGUUUUAAUUGGUUCAGUUUUAUUUUUCUUAAUAAUCUUAAUGUUAAUAAUUGUUUAAUUUAUAAUUAAUAUCAGGUAAGAGCACGUGAGGUUGAAGUGUAGUGAUUUCCAGCCACUUUCAGUGGGUCAAACUUUACCUAACGUAGCACACAAGUAACUUAUAGAUUUACCAGACAGUUUCUACUAAAUUAACCGAGUAUAUUAUUUAUAAAAGAAUCAAUGUGCUACAGAUAAACAAUUUUCUAACAAUAUUUUUUCAACACUGUGAUACGUUGAUAACAUAACCAACAAUUUAAAAUUCUUAUUUUUUUUUCUUACGAAUAUACGAAAAGAAACGCAAAAUUCGCCUUAUAAAAUGUAUAUUUUAUUUCAUAUUGUGAUAUUUGCUAACUUUCUUAAAAUAAACGCUAUUUUGAACGAAAAGGUUAUUAGUUCUCGAAUUAAAUUGCCUCAAAUGGUUUUAAAUGUUAUACUGCUGUUUCUAUUUAAACCGUUUUAUUUUCUGACUUAUUGGUUACUCUCUUUCAGAUGUCGUAUUACAUAAAAUACGUAAAUAUAUGUUCUAUAUUAUAUUGAACCUAACACAAAAUUUCAACAAAUUUGUGUUCCUCUCAUGUGGUGUACUACUAAUGUAUUACAAGUUGCCUAGUUUUUGGGAUUAUAUAUUGUAAUAAUGAGAGGAUUAAAAUACUUUUGAAAAAUCUUUUAAUAAUGUAACAAGAAUAAAAUUAAGAAGAACAAGCGUAAGGCUUGUUCUUCCUAAGCGUAAGGCCACGAAGAACAAGCUUAAGGCUAAACAUAAGGCUGAAGUAGUUAUUGUGUUCCUAUUAAAUCUAUUACACACCAAUCAUUAGCUAUGAAGUCAACUACAUACCUAAUGAAACGUUGUCUAAACAGUGUUGCCGUAUUGCCAGGAGAAUGAUGAUACAUGAUGAAAAAUCACGAUAGAAAUAAUGAAUUAACUGUAAUAAAGAAUUUGUUCAUUCAAAUAUAUAUAUAUAUAUAUAUAUAUAUAUAUAUAUAUAUAUAUAUAUAUAUAUAUAUAUAUAUAUAUAUUACACAAAGCUUUAUUGUAAUAAUAAAAAUACAUUUCGCAAUUCUUUAAACAGGACCUUUGAAAUUAAACGUCCAUUGGCCUACUGUUUGUUUGUUGUCAUUUACUUUAAAUUAUUGUUUUUGAGUACUGAAUAUGCAUUUCAUAUAAGUAACGUGAUAAGGGGAACCAACAACAAGAAUCACACACCAAUAUAAGUAUAGUUAUCAAUUUCCUUCCUCUAAAAAAGUUAAAAACUUGAGAUUAUAUGGACAAAGGAGUGAUAUAAAACACAAUAUUAUACAAAUAUAAAGAUCUCAGAUAUAAUAGUCCUUCUGUUUCUUUUAUGUAUGUUUUCAAUCUGUGGAAUUUUGUCUAUUUCCACGCUUCUUAAAGUUCUUCCUUGCCUCCACGAAAAUAAGAGAGUACAUGCACAUGCUUUCGUUGGGACUAGAUCUAAAAGCCCUUAGACAUAUACUUAAACAGGUCGUUUAUCUUGAAUUUAGAGAUUUGAGAUAAGUAUUGCAGGAGGUCAUGUAGAGCAUGCUGCCAUAAUCUAAUCUGGAGCGAAUAAAGAUUUUUUCUUUAGCUCUCCGUUGGUGAUGGGCUAGAGUUUUUAAAAUGUUUAUUCUGUUUAGGCAGUUGCUUUUAGUGUUUCCAAUGUGAUAUAUCUAUGUAAGUCAUAUGUCAAAAGUAACUCAUAAAAAUUUAUGUUGGUCAACAAUUUUGAUUGGGAGGGACUGCAUUUAGGUAAAUAACAGGAGAAUGCCAACUAUAUCUUAAUCUACUAAUUUGGAUAACUCUAGAUUGGGAGGGUGAAAAUUUAAAACCAAUGUCUGUCGACUAAUUAUAAAUUAUAUCUAAUACGCUCUGAAUUCUACGUAUUAAAUGUGAAUUAUUUUGAUUCAAGUCAUAUUUUAUUGCAAUUUUUCAUCAUGGAACUCGUAUACAGAUGAGUUAAUAAUAAUAAAAGCAUCAUGUUCUUUGCUAUCCCAACUAAAAAAAAAAAGUAAAAUUUAAUUGUUUUACAACAAUACAAAUAUUUCUUAUUUACAAUAUUACAUCUAUUUCUUAAACAAUAUUAUUAUAGAGGGAGUACCCAAUGAUGAUUAGAUACUGUUAAUAAAUCUUGUAAAUAUUUGUACAUUCGACAUUUUAUAUUAAAAUGGUUAUUUGUAGUUUGUAACUUUGUACAGAGAAAAUAUAUACCUAGGUUUAUAUUAGCAAAUAUCUUUGAUGUGAUCAAAGUAUUCGCAUUUUCAAUAGAAAAUCGCCGGAAGUUGGAUACAUAUUUAUUUACUUGAAUUCGUUGUGCAAUUUUUCCAAAUUCUUGUAAGUUUCUAAUAUAGAAUAAUUUGAUAUUUGUUACUAUACUGCCACUAAUGAUAAUAAAUUUGUAAUUUGU